CUGCACACACUGCUCGCGCUCACUCUUUGCCGCUCACUUUGCUUUGUCGUUUGAACCACAACUCAUUUCUAACGGCUUCAUCCUGAGGAUAACGUGUGAGGGCAGAAGAAACGAGCAAACACAAAGAAGGAUGAAACGGUUGUAAAGGAGACUUCUACAUUGAUAGUGGCUUCAAGAAUUAAGCUAAAGAAAUGGAGGACCUGGACGACAACAUUUCAUUGACUGGAUUUGACCCUCUCUUCAUUAAAGAAGAGGAUGCAGAUCCAGACAGAACCCCCAUGGAACACAGUGAGUGCAACACGGCGCAAUCUGGACUCACCUUCGCAGGAACACAGCUGAAUCAAUCGGCUUUGAUGAAGCCAUACUUACAGGAGAUGGAUGAAUUACUGAAUAGCUGUGAGGAGCUCACUGGUAUGCCUUUUGGCAGUAAUUUCUCAGCAAGUUACCAUGAAACAAGAAUGAUCGAAACAACUCAGCACCACAUUAAAGAGGAAGACACAAUGGAGAUCUAUACAGAAAGAAUAUCUCCCCAACCAUAUCUUUCCACAAGUUAUAUUGACACAAACAUGGAUGGGGUCAGAACAGAAGACCAACAAGCACAAGGUCAGCCGCAAGGCUUGGGCACUAUCAACAGGUGUGGAGUGACCACAGAUGCUUCUCACCAAAGAGAAAUGCCUCUCACUUCAGCGGGUAAUAAACUCAGUGAGACCAUGGUGGCGUAUGAGGGCCAGUUGUUGGGGAUGUUGGCCAUGCUGGAGAACUGUAUGGAAGAGGCUGGCAUGGACUUUGAGCCCCAAGACUGGGCUUCAGAUGGAAGCCAAGAAUAUGUGCACAUCAGCAAGAAUCCUCAACUCUGUAGGGGUACAACACUGGUGCCCAUUCAGCAAGUGAGGCCAAAGAAGUUGGAAACCAAGCCGACGCAAUUAGACUAUUGGGAUGGUCAACAUGCAGAGAGAGAUGCAGUUUCCAAGGAAGCAAGAAAUAUGGUGACUGAAAGUUCAGCAACAAAUGAAAGCCAGCAGGCUCCUGUGCUUGGGUCCUCAAUGGAAAGAUUGGAAAAGCAGAAAAAAGAAGAGGAGGGCCUUAAUCCUGUCAGGUUUUUAGAGCCAUCAAUGCCAAUAAACGAUACAGAAAAUGACCUAAUGCAAUGUGAGGCAACUAAGACAGAAUAUAUCUCUACUAAUGAAGACAAAUUCAUGAAGGGAGACAUAACUGGGAUUGAAGUAGAUGACACUGAAAUGCCAGCUGAAGAGGGACAGCAGUCCAAGAUGGACACCCUUGAUCUUGAAUCUGGCAUGAAUGACCUAGGCGUACUAUGGUCUCAGAUGGAGGAGUGCAUAGAUGAGGUUCAGCGGUUAGAAAAGAGGAGGAAGGAACUGCUGGCAGAGGUUCUGGAGUUGAGAGGGAUUGAAGACAAAGAGGAGGCAGAAGGGAGCAAAGAAGAGGAGACAGAAGAGCCAAUUGAUAGCAAAGUAACAGAGCUAAUGAAUAAACUGAAGAAGGAGGAAGAGGGGAGAAGAGAGGAAAGGAAGAGGGAGAUUCAGAGUCUCAGGGAGGAGAGGGCAGAGGAGGAGAAGAGGAUGUGGAAGGUGAACUUGGAAAGACUGGGGCUGCAGGAGGAACUUAGAAAGCUGAAGAGGAGGCUGUUCACCAUGGCUCGGGACUGUGCUCACAAUCAGGUCAGCCUGAACACACAGCAGCGUGAGGUGGAGCUGUUAAGGAGAGAAGAGGAAAAGCUGCAGUCACUGAUGCUCCAGUUGACAGAAGACGGCUCCCAGAUCAGGACGGUCCAUCAAGAGCAGCUCCUGAACCUACAAGCAGAGCUUCAAACACAGAGCUCCAGUCAGACCUCCAACACCCAGGAUGAGCUGACCCGGUUCAAGAGAAGCUCCUGUGGGGACAUCCAGCAGUAUCUGCAGGGUGGGCUGAAAGCGCUGGAGGACAGGUAUGAGCCCAUUUUGCUAGCUUUGCUGAAGAGAAGAGAGGUAACAUCUGGGGCCCUGGUGAAGGCCAAAGAGCAUGCCCAGGAACUGAAGGCCCAGCUGACACCCCUACAGGAGGAGAUACAAAAGCUGAAGCUCCAGAGGGCUUGUUUGGAGGAGAAACUCAGACUAAUUUGCAUGCAAAGGAGAGAAGAUGUGGGGCAGUACAAGGAAACAGUAUACUGUCUGGAGGAGCGCAGCAGAGAGCUGAAGACUGAGCUGAAUAUUCAGAAGAGAAAUACUAAAGAGAUACAGGAGUUGAGAGACGGCCUAACGAAAGAACUGCUCUUGUUCAGGACUGCAAUUGAGGACCACAAGUGUGACGAUGAAGAAACAUGAUUGUAUGUUAUACAUUGAUUUGGAAAAAAAAAGAAAAAGAAAAAAAGUGUGAUUAUUUUUUAAUCAGCAACAUAACUCUAAAGUUCAAUUAAUGCACUUUACAUGCAUGCAAGUAUAUAAAAAAAGAUUUUUUUGUUAUAGUCUGGAAAAAACUAGACUGCAGUUUGUAGAUAGGUUUUGUUAUGAAUAAAGGCUUUGUGUCUGUUGUAACCUGAGUGCAACUGAUGAGUUAAUGUCUCUGCAUAGACGGUUUGUGUACUUAUAAGGGCAAUAUGGCUGAAGAACUAAACAGUGGGAGACAGAGGAAUAGGGUGAGUGUAAGUUUGGCAGACAGGAAAGCACCAGGACGUCACACCAGACACAAAACGGUCUGAGCAAAGUGUCAUGAGGCAUAACCAACUCUUUGACUAAAAGGAUUUAGGGUUGUUUAAAAAUACUUGAUGCUUUAGUAAGAUGCUGACCCCAUUAACAAACCAUGCAAGUAACACAUUCAUACUGAAAAAUGUUGACAAUACAUCAAGUGGACCCAAAACUAAUGAAACAUGUUUUAUUAAGAAUGCACUCACUGUACAAAUAUUGAACAUAGAAAAAGUUCAACCACUAAUCUAUAGCACGAAAACAUUUAAAUGAGUAAUGUAAGAGGGGAGGUUGGACAACAAAUGGACAUUUUAAACACAAAUACACAAAACUGUAUUUUCAGAAGUAGCUGGUGUGAAAAAUCAGUGUGUCCAGAAGGUGAUAACCACACUGAAGCAAUGAAAAUAUGAAACAUUUUUUAGAUUAUACGCUAGCCUGCAAACAACCUCUAUCAGAGUCACAGUAACUGUCACUAUGCAUCAUGUCAAAAAGCCAGACUGCAAUUUAGUUCAAAUGUUUUUUUCUUCUCCCCGCAACAUUUACCACCUGUGCAGAGGGAGCAGUUUCCACUUUAACAACUAAUUUAUUGUAUAAUACGACUUGUGGGUUGCCAGAAUGAUCAACACUUUAGGUUCUAGAAACGCAUUUUAUUUAUUACUGAAAAAGCUUUGGCUAAAAUAUUUCAGUGUAGAUUGGGGAGCCAAUUUAGGUACAAAAAUACAUCUUUUAUAUGCACCGUGAGAUUCCUCAGGCAAUGAAUGACCCAGUUAAAGGACAGUUCUUCACUUUGAGUAUUCCAAAACGGGACCUGGGCUAGACAGGAUUAUUUUCUUUUAUUUACAGUGAUUUUCGGCAACUCCCACCA